ACCCUCUCGGUUCGCAGCUUCUGUAGAAGGGAGGGAGAGGAAGGAACAAGAAGGCAACCAUGGUGUCGCUGAAGCUCCAGAAGAGGCUCGCCUCCAGCGUUCUCAAGUGUGGCAAGGGAAAGGUCUGGCUCGAUCCAAAUGAGGUCAACGAAAUCUCCAUGGCUAACUCCCGUCAAAACAUCAGGAAGCUUGUCAAGGAUGGUUUCAUCAUCAGGAAGCCAACCAAGAUUCACUCCCGCUCUCGCGCACGUCGUAUGAAGGAAGCCAAGAGGAAGGGACGUCAUUCUGGAUAUGGUAAGCGCAAGGGUACCAGGGAGGCUAGGCUUCCAACUAAGAUCCUCUGGAUGCGAAGAAUGCGUGUUCUUAGGCGCCUCCUCCGCAAGUACAGGGAAGCAAAGAAGAUCGACAAGCACAUGUACCAUGACAUGUACAUGAAGGUUAAGGGUAAUGUCUUCAAGAACAAGAGAGUGCUCAUGGAGAGCAUCCACAAGUCCAAGGCUGAGAAGGCAAGAGAGAAGACGUUGUCAGAUCAGUUUGAGGCCAAGAGGGCAAAGAACAAGGCUAGCAGAGAAAGGAAGUUUGCCAGGAGGGAGGAGCGUUUGGCCCAGGGACCAAUGGCUAUGGAGAAACCGGCUCCUGCACCAGCUGCUGCUGCUGCACCUAAAGCAACUGAGGUUCCAACUAAGAAAUCCAAGAAGUGAGAUUCCUGGACAAGUGGAUCAAGGUUUUGGGAGUUUUGUUUCAUCAAAGUUGUGUCUAUUUUGUUUUCCGUAGCAGCAGUGUAGCUCUCACGCCUUGGUUCUUCAAGGCAGUGAUGUUAUUUUCGUUGGAUUAUGUUUGUAUGGACCAUAUUAUUUGCUACCCUACUAGACUGGUAAAAUAUAUUUGCAGGUUUUACAGAUUUAUGUAAAAUGCUGUUGUUUUGGUCUUGGUCAUUUUGUUCUCAGCGAUUGAUUGGUGACUUGACGAUGGUUAGUCAUCUUAGUGGAGAUGGUUUCUCGAUCAUCCCUGCGCUACGAAUAAUAAUAGCUCAAAUCUUUU